AGUGGCCCAAAAUUACACGCAGCCUGCCCCUCCCAGACGCUCUCUGCCCUCGCUCCCCUUCCAUCCUCGUCUUCCCCGCCGCCGCCCAGAUCCGGCGUCCCUGGCCCCGGCGGCCCGCAGCUCGCGGCAGGCCGCCCGGUCGGUCUCUCCUCACUAUCGAGGCUCGGCCCGGCCCCGCUGGGCAGCUCCUCCCCGACGCCCUCCUGCAGUUUCUUUUACCACCAGAAAGGAAAAGGGAGACACGGAUCACGAUGGCGUUGCGGCAGGCGCUGGGAUGGUCAGACGGGGAGGUGAUGCGGCCGGAGUCCAAGCCCUGCUCCCGCCUGAUGCGUCACACCGCGGGCAUCUUCUCUGUGGGUGGCGCCCUCGCUUCCUGGGUUCUCUGUCGCCUUCACUAUGGUCCGAGGAUAACGGUCCCGAGGAGCGUGAGGUGGGCGUCCUGUGGAGCGAUCUGCGUGAGCUCGGCGUCGGCCUCGCUGGUGCGGCUCUUGAGCCCGGAGUGCGAGCCGCAGAACAUAGCGGCUUACGACAGGCCCGAACACAAGCCUGCAUAGUGGUACAUGUAUCUUGGAGGCGAGGUUCUUGAUGAUCUAUCCCAGGAGAUGGAGACACAUUUAUCUGCCAUUGUCGUGUGAGAGAGGUUCAUUUACGCAUAACCUAGCUGCCCAGGAGUUCAAUAAUGUGUCAUUUUUCCUGACCGUUGCUGCAGAGUUUUUUCUUCUUCUGAAAGUGCCGUAUUCAGUAA